UUCACAGCUCAUUUUGAAAACUCCUAAGAAAAAAAGAAAAAAAAUAUACAGGAGGAAGAGCAAGAAGGCAGAUACAGCCAAAAGACAAAUAUGACUGCUGAAGUGAAGGUUGAGGAGAAACAAGUGGAGUCAGAGGUUGUUAUUGCCUCUGCAGUUUCUCCAGUGGAGGAAGAGACAAGAGUGAAAGAUGUUGUGGAAGAAGAAGAAGUAAAACCUGUGGAAGAGAAAGAAACUGACGCUGAGGAAGAUGAGAGCAAGCCUAAGGGUGUGGAGAAGAGCUCUUCUUUCAAAGAAGAGAGUGAUUUCUUCUCUGAUUUGAAAGAAUCCGAGAAAAAGGCUCUGAGCGAUCUGAAAACAAAGCUUGAGGAAGCCAUUGUUGAAAGCACUCUUUUCAAGAAGAAGAAAGAGAUCCCUGUGAAGGUGGAGAAUAAGAAGAAGGAAGCAGAGGAAAAAGCUGAAGACGAGAAGAAGACUGAAGAAGCAAAAACCGAGACUAUUGAGGCUGUUGUUUCUGAGGCAAGCCCCAAAGAAGAAGCCAAGACUGAAGUUGCUAAAGCUGAGGCUGUUGUGGCAAAGGAAAUCCCCAAAGAAGAAGUGAAGAGUGAGGUUGUUGUUGUCAAAGAGGAAGACACUAAGGAAGAAGUGAAAGUUGAGAAUGUGGAAGAAGAGAAGAAAACCGAGGUUGAAGAAGCAAAAGCUGAGACUACCGAGGAGGAAGAAGAUGAGACAGUGGAUAAGGAUAUCAAGCUAUGGGGAGUGCCAUUGCUUCCAAGCAAAGGUUCUGAAGGAACUGAUGUGAUCCUCUUGAAGUUCUUGAGAGCAAGAGACUUCAAAGUCAAUGAAGCCUUUGAGAUGCUGAAGAAAACCCUUCAAUGGAGAAAGGACAACAACAUUGAUUCCAUCCUUGGAGAAGAUUUUGGUGAAGGUCUUGCCUCUGCAGCCUACAUGAACGGUGUGGAUCGUGAAUCUCGCCCAGUUUGUUACAAUGUCCAUAGUGUUUUUGGUAAUGAGGAGCUUUACCAGACAACAUUUGGGUCAGAGAAAAGCAGAGAUAAUUUACUGAGAUGGAGGUUUCAGUUGAUGGAGAAGGGAAUCCAAAAGCUUGACCUGAAACCAGGAGGUGUGACUUCUCUUCUCCAGAUCCAUGAACUCAAAAACUCUCCUGGACUUACAAGAAAAGAUCUUUGGGUUGCUAUCAAGGACGCAAUAGGAAAUUUGCAAGACAAUUAUCCAGAAUUUGUAUCCAAAAACAUAUUCAUAAAUGCUCCGUUCUGGUUCUACGCCGGCAAUGCUCUCCUAUCUCCAUUCUUAACACAACGAACCAAGAGCAAGUUUGUUGUGGCUCGUCCAGCUAAGGUCACAGAGACUCUUCUCAAGUACAUUCCAGCAGAGGAGAUACCGGUUCAGUAUGGUGGGUUCAAAAGAGAUGAUGAUACUGAUUUCUCAAACGAAGCUGUUUCUGAAGUUGUUGUUAAGCCUGGAUCAACUGAAACCAUUGAAAUCCAAGCUCUUGAGACUCAAGGUACAAUCGUUUGGGACAUUGCUGUUUUGGGAUGGGAAGUGAGUUACAAGGAAGAGUUUGUGCCAACAGAAAAAGGAGCUUACACCAUAAUUAUCCAAAAGGGGAAGAAAAUCGGAUCAAAUGAAGGACCGAUGAGGAACAGUUUCAAGAACAGUGAGUCUGGUAAGAUUGUUCUUACUGUUGACAAUGUCUCCAGCAAGAAGAAGAAGAGAGUUCUGUACAGGUUCAAGACCAAGACGGAAUCCUCUUCGUGAAGUGGCUUUUUCAGCAAUGACCUAAAGCAGUCUCUGGAUAUAAUAUUCUUUUUUCUACCAUCACAAUUUGCUGUUAUUAUUAUUCUUGAGUGAUACGUUUACCUCUGUGAGAGAGACGCACUGCCAUUGUUUCAUUGAAAUUCAAUCUUUUGCUAGUUGUUAUGAGAUUUUUUUUCUCUUCCAGUUUCUAUUUGAUUUAUUUAUUUUUGGAUUGAAGUUGUACGAAUAAAUAAAAUAUGUUGAAG